CGCGGGAGGGGAGUGACCACACGAUGAUUCCAAUGGAAACACGGAGAAGCCCAUUAAAGAGUCCAAGGCAAGCCUCCUCUCCAUACGAUGAUCUUUUUCAGCAGUAUCUUUGCUUUGCUUUUGAAACUGUGCUUUGGAUUUUGAACCGUCAUAUUGUAUUAUCCAGAGUUUUGAAUAAUCAUGGAAAAAACAUUGAACGUGUCGCAUUCAGGGAGCAGUAAAGGAAAGUGGUCAUUGGAUCUGGGGAAUCCCGCACACAGAGAGGCAAGAAGCGGCUCGUAUAGUCCGGGAACAGGGGCUGUUUCGGACACUCACCCGUCUCAGACCAAAAAACGACACUUGGAAGGGGUUUUGAACAAAUACACCAAUUUACUGCAAGGCUGGCAGCACAGGUACUUUGUGUUGGACCCUGAGCUCGGCCAGCUUCAGUAUUUCAUCAACGAGCACAGUAAGAACCAGAAGCCACGAGGGUCCCUGCCCCUCAUCGGCUCCUCGGUGGCCCCAAGCGACGAGUUUCCCUAUAUGUUCACAGUCUGUGCAGCAAAUGGAGAUUUCUUCAAACUACGGGCCUGUGAUGCACACGAGCAGCAGAUGUGGAUGACCCAGCUUCAGCUGUGUGCCCGUCGCCACUCAGAUGGCAGUGCCAAGGCCUGCACCUCAUCUUCCUCCUCCUCCUGCAACACAUCCUCUUCCUCAUCUGUCGGCCGGACCCGCAGCUUCUCCCUGCACCCGCACCCUGUCCCACAGUGCUCCUCCAUCUCCACCCAAAGACAGACCCCCCAGCAUGGGACUCCUGCCUCUGUCAUCACCAUCACCCACCACAAGUCCCCCACCGCCAGCCAACGGGCCUGCAGCCAGCAUCCUGCAGGACUGCACCAGGUCAAAGAGGUCAUGUCCCAGGCAGAGGGCCAGCAGAAGAACCUGGUGAAUUCUAUCGAGUCGCUGCCUAGCCGCGGGCCGCUGUCCUCCCUCGACCAGGACCUGCUCCUCCUCAAAGCCACGUCUGCAGCCACACUCAGCUGUCUGGGAGAAUGCCUGAGUAUCCUUCAGCACAACGUGUGCCAGGCGGCCCAACACAUCACCCAAAGCCACAUGCAGGGAUCACAUACAGAUAACAUCUGCAAUUGGUCAAGGUCCAAGACUGCCUCAGAAGACCAUGAGAAGAACGGAGAAUUGACACAUAACACCUCAACUGUACAUCAGCACCUCUCUCCACUUCACAGGAACAAAGAACGGCUCAAAGACACAGAGAGCUCCAGCUCAGAAUCGGUGGACUCCAGCGAGGAGAUCACAGACACAGAAGAUAAUGAGGAGGAAGACCUCGGAGUCUUAGAUGACCAGAGGAGCAUCAUCCUCCAUCUGCUGUCUCAACUCAAACUGGGCAUGGACCUCACACGGGUAUGUGUACACGCACACAACACACACACACACACACACUUGCUGUCCCACCCAAACUAAUCAUGAAGUUAAUGG